AUGGAAGACUAUAAAUUCUUAUUUAAAGUAGUACUAGUUGGUAAUGCUGGUGUCGGCAAAACUUGUUUGGGAAUGUUUCCUCCGGGUCAAGGUGCAACAAUUGGAGUGGAUUUUAUGAUAAAAACAAUUGAAAUAGACAAUGAAAAAGUCAAACUCCAAAUUUGGGACACUGCAGGACAAGAAAGAUUCCGUUCAAUUACUCAAAGUUAUUAUCGAUCUGCACAUGCUUUAAUAUUAAUUUAUGAUAUAACAUCCCAGCCAACAUUUGAUUGCCUUAAUGAUUGGCUUCGUGAAAUUGAUGAAUAUGCAAACAACAGAGUACUAAGGGUUUUAGUUGGUAAUAAAAUAGACAAAGAAGACCGUGAAAUUCCUUCUCAUGUAGGUCAAGAUUUUGCUCAGAGACAUGAUAUGCGCUAUUUAGAAACAUCGGCGAAACAAGCAGACAAUGUAGAAAAAUUGUUUGUUCAAAUUGCUUCAGAAUUGAUGGAGCAAGCUAAAUCCAAAGGAAUAUCUUCAGACAGUCCACAGUCCUUACCAUUCAACACUAGAACUUCUAAAUCCAUCAAUGAUUACUGUUGCAAUCGUUAA